UAAGCGAUAUCCAAAAGUUUUUUUACUUGCGCUCCUCGUUAUCAGGGGACGCCGAAAACGUAAUAAAUUGUCUGCAAACCACGGCCGAUAAUUAUAAAGUGGCGUGGGAAAGUUUAACAGAGCGUUACGACAACAAAAAGGUUUUAAUACAAGUACACACACAAUCUAUAUUCGAUUUGGAACCAAUUAAAAAGGAAUCUUCUUAUCAAUUGCGCCGAUUAGUAGACGCGUUAAUAGGACACAUGAAAGCAUUAGAAACAUUAGGAGAAAACCCAAAACAGUGGGGAUCAUUAUUAAUGCAUUUAAUAGUAUCUAAAUUAGAUGCAAGAACAAUGAGAGAAUGGGAAGUCACAUCGUCCAAAACAGAAGUUUCCAACAUUUCAAAUCUUACCGACUUUUUACAAUCAAGAUUUCGAGUAUUAGAGGCAGUGGAAACAUCUCAACAAAUCAAUGCAUUAGCAUUUGAAAACAAUAAUCGCAAAACAAAUGCGAAUAAAAGGAUCAAAUCGAACGUGUUCGCCACCACCAGCGAAGUAAAAUGUUAUUCUUGUAAACAAGCACACACAAUAUAUCGUUGCCCAUCAUUCCUUGGUUUGACGAUUUCGGAUCGCAUAAAAAGAGUAAUUGAAUUAAAAUUAUGCAAAAUAUGUUUAAGGCCACAUAAUGAUGGUGAUAAGUGUCAAUCAAGACGAUGUACACUAUGUUCGCGCCCGCAUAAUAGCCUAUUGCACCUAUCCCGUACCGAUAAACCCGUCAGACAAGUCGCGUCGCAUAGCGAGGUCAAUGACCGCGACGACGAAAAAGAUGACAAGAAUAGUAACGCUCCGAUCGUAUCGGUGAGUGCGUAUGCGUAUCGUAAAGGUAACGACGGUCAAAUUUUACUAUCAACCGCAACCGUGAUGGUUUAUAAUAGCAAUCGUCAACCGACAUAUUGUCGUGUACUGUUGGACAGCGGGUCACAACAUAAUUUCAUAACAGAAGCACUGGCACAACAAUUAAGACUAAAACGCACAAGAACGUCAUGUGCUGUUAUCGGUAUUAACGAAUCUACGCAUUCCGCAUCUCAUAUAGUAAAUACGAAUAUAAAAUCACGCGUAACAAAUUAUUUAUCGAAUUUAGAUUUUUAUGUUUUACCCAAAUUAACUACAAACUUACCAUCAAUGCCCGUCGUAACAUCAAAUCUUAAAUUACCUGCAGGGCUGGCGCUGGCAGACCCCACAUUCGGCACACCACAAGCGAUCGACAUGAUAUUAGGUGCCGAAAUAUUUUUCGAUUUAAUUAUUAAUGAACAAUUGCGUCCAAUACCAAACGGACCAGUCUUACAGAAUACGCGAUUAGGAUGGAUUAUUUCCGGUCCGGUACCGCACUCGAUAGUUCGAAAUACGAACGCUAGUAUAUCGCUGUUCGCACAUACUUCACCAAACUUACAAACACUCGAAGACCAAAUGGCUGCAUUUUGGCGUCUUGAAGAAAUAGCACCCGGUCAAGCAUAUACCACGGAAGAACGUGCGUGCAAACAGCAUUUCGAAAAACACGUCCAACGCGACGAUUACGGACGUUUCGUUGUUGUAUUACCAUUUAAGAAGGCGCUUAAGUUAGGAAACUCAUAUGAGAGAGCUUUACGUAGAUUUCUGUCGUUAGAAAGGCGUUUGCAAGCGGACACAGACUUAAAAAACGAUUACGUCAAAUUUAUGAACGAAUAUAUCGAGCUUGGGCACAUGUCAAUUGCGAACGCGAAUCCAGAUGUCUCAAUGACAGAUCGCCAUUAUUACCUACCGCAUCAUGCCGUAUUGAAAGAGAGCAGCACGAGUACCAAAUUGCGGGUAGUAUUCGAUGCGUCGGCGAAAACAGACGCUAAUAUUAGCUUAAAUGACGUACUAUUGAAAGGUCCGUGUAUACAGGAGGAACUUGUAUCUAUAAUGGCUCGAUUUCGAACGCAUAAGUAUGCCAUUAGUGCAGAUAUAAAAAAAAUGUAUAGACAAAUUUGGGUCACUGAAAGCCAGCACGAUUAUCAGCGUAUCUUAUGGCGUGAAAACCCCGGCCAUCCUUUAAGUACGUACUGCUUGAAAACAGUGACAUAUGGCGUAAUUACCGCGUCCUAUCUAGCUACGGCGUGUUUAAAUAAACUAUCGAAUGAUGAAGCUGUCCGAUAUCCCGAAGCCUGUCGUGCCUUAAAUCAAGAUUUUUAUGUUGACGACUUUCUUGGUGGCGCAGCGUCAUUAUCUGAAGCAUUGAAAUUACGCGACGAUUUGAUAACGGUUUUAAAAGGGGCUGGUAUGGAAUUAUGCAAAUGGUCCAGUAACGAUUAUAGACUAUUAAAAGACGUUAAUGGUACAAAUUCAGGUGUUACUAAUAAUUUAACCGAUAAAGAAAAUACUACGAAAAUACUAGGCAUGUAUUGGAAUCAAAACAUCGACGCAUACCAAUAUAAUGUACGCCCGUAUAACGAAAAUAUACGCGUUACGAAACGAGUCGUCUUAUCAGAGAUAGCGUCCGUGUUUGAUCCGUUAGGACUGAUAAGUCCAAUAAUAAUUAAAUUAAAAAUAAUAAUGCAACGAUUAUGGCAGGUAAAUACGAGCUGGGAUGCUGCAUUACCUUCGGAUAUCGAAAAAGAUUGGAUAGACGGCCGUCGGAAAAUGAUCGAUUUAAAUACACUUGCCAUUAACAGGUCCAUUGUUGGCGAAGGCGAGAUAGCUGAUAUUCAGCUACACGGGUUUUCAGACUCAUCUACAACCGCAUACGGCGCGUGUUUGUAUUUACGUGUGGUAAAUAUUAAUGGUAAAUGCACUACGAAUCUAAUCUGUUCGAAGUCGCGUGUAGCCCCGUUAAAAACCGUUUCAAUACCGCGACUAGAAUUACUCGCAGCCGUACUACUAGCGCGCUUAGUGUCCAAAUAUGCACCAUGCUUGCGACUGCCUAUAAAAAAAACAUUUUAUUGGUCAGACUCAAUGGUUGUUCUAGCAUGGAUAGCGUCACAGUCGUCCCAGUGGAAGACGUUUGUAGCUACUAGAAUUGGAGAAAUACAUGACCGUACUUCUAUACACGAUUGGAACCACGUAGGUACCCACGAUAACCCGGCAGAUAUAAUAUCACGCGGAUGCUGCCCGUCUAAAAUUAAAAAUCUUAAAAUGUGGUGGAAUGGACCAGAAUGGCUGUCUUCUGAUCAGUCCAAUUGGCCGAAAAAUAAUAAAAAUAUUAUUUCAUGUGAAAAGGUGAUAGCAGAGUCAAAAAUUACAUCUUACGCAAACGUAACGACCACCCACGAUCGCGAUGAAUCGUAUUUUAAUCGAUAUUCGUCGCUUACAAAAUUAAUACGUGUAACGGCAUAUUGCAGGCGUUUCGUGCGUAACGCGCUGUCGAAGUGCUCUGAUAGAUCUUACGGACCAAUACAAGCAAAUGAGUACGACGCAGCCAACCUUUGUAUAAUCAAACAAAUACAGUCAAUAUAUUUUUAUAAAGAAAUAUCGGAUUUACGAAAUUCGCGUUUGGUACAUUGCAAGAGUUCAUUGCGCCAUCUGAAUCCUUUUGUCGACGAAAAUAAUUUAAUAAGGGUGGGUGGCCGAUUAAAAAAUGCAUCCACACUAGAAACGUUUCAACGACAUCCUAUCGUGUUACCGGCAAAAAGUAAUUUUACUAGGUUAAUAUUUUUGCACGAACAUCAACGAUUAUUACACGGCGGCCCGCAAGCUAUGCUGGCGUCGGUUCGCGAUAGAUAUUGGCCGCUGAACGGACGAAACAUUGCGCGCACAAUCUCGCAUCAGUGUGUAAAAUGUUUUAGAUACCGUCCUAUUGUCGUACAACCUAUUAUGGGCAACUUGCCGAAGGUUCGCGUCGAACCGUCUAGAGCAUUUUCGAAGGUCGGAGUAGAUUUUGCCGGACCAUUUCAUAUUAAAGCCAGUCUGCGUCGAAAUGCGCCUACCAACAAGGCGUAUGCUUCUAUUUGGGUGUGUUUGGCAACCAAAGCAGUUCACGUAGAAGUAGUCGGCGAUUUGACUACGCAAUCUUUUCUAAACGCGCUGCAAAGAUUUUGCGAUCGGCGUGGGUUAUGUACCGACAUUUACUCGGACAAUGCCACUAAUUUUGUAGGCGCAAAUCGUCAACUGCAAGAAUUAAAGGCACUAUUUUUAUCCAAGGAGCAUCAACACCAGGUCAUCGACGCAACAACAAAAUGUGGUAUUCAAUGGCACUUUAUUCCGCCCCGCUCACCACAUUUUGGUGGUCUGUGGGAGGCUGCGGUUAAAUCAUUUAAGACGCAUUUAUACAAAACCAUAGGUAACGCAUCGCUCACCUUCGAAGAAUUGAAUACAAUUUUUGUACGGAUUGAGGCGAUAUUGAACUCUCGUCCUUUAACCCCUCUGUCCACCGAUCCCUCUGAUAUGUCUGUAUUAACUCCCGGACACUUCCUCAUUGGCAGCUCUUUAUGCGCACUACCUGAUAGGGAUGAAACCACUACGCCUCCAAAUAGGCUAACGAGAUGGAGGAGGGUCACUCAACUGUCGCAACAACUUUGGUCUCGAUGGAGUAGGGAUUAUCUAUCGCAAUUACAAGCGCGCAAUAAGUGGACUAAAUCUCAAGGUCCCAUUAUCCAAGCGGGAACAGUGGUCCUCAUUCGCGACGACAAUCUUCCGCCAUUACAAUGGUCUAUUGGUCGGGUAAUCGAAAUCCACGUCGGCACGGAUAAUCAGAUACGCGUAGCUACUGUUAAAACCAGUCAUGGAAAGUUUCAACGAGUCGUACGUAAUUUAUGCCCAUUACCUUUUGAUGACAAUCAACAGAUAAAGAUUUAAAUAUUAUCAGUUAAAAUUUAAAUGUGUAUUAA